AUGACUGUAACAGAGAGACAGUUCUUGGCUGUCCACCACCCCCAGACAGUACUAUGUGGAGAAUGUAUAGAAACUGCCUCCUACCCCCAGACUUUCUGUGAAGGAGACCUCUUUUCUUACCUGGAGCUUCAGAUAUUGCUAUAUGGAGAUUUGCCAAGAAAUAAAGAAAAUAUAAUAUAUUUAGCAAAUCAUCAAAGCACAGUUGACUGGAUUAUUGCUGAUAUUUUGGCCAUCAGGCAGAAUGCUCUUGGACACGUACGCUACGUGCUGAAAGAUGGGUUAAAGUGGCUUCCAUUGUAUGGGUGUUAUUUUUCUCAGCACGGAGGGAUCUACGUAAGGCGAAGUGCCAAGUUCAAUGAAAAGGACAUGAGGAACAAGCUGCAGAGUUAUGUGAGCGCAGGAACUCCAAUGUAUCUUGUGAUUUUUCCUGAGGGAACAAGGUAUAAUCCAGAACUAACAAAAGUCAUUUCAGCUAGUCAAACAUUUGCUGCUCAAGAAGGCUUUGCAGUAUUAAAACAUGUGCUGACACCAAGAAUAAAGGCAACUCAUGUUGCUUUUGAUUCUAUGAAGAAUUAUUUAGAUGCAAUUUAUGAUGUGACAGUGGCUUUUGAAGGGACUAUUGAUGAUAAAGGGCAGCGGAAAGAAGCACCAUCCAUGGCGGAAUUUCUCUGCAAAGAAUGUCCAAAAAUUCAUAUUCACAUUGAUCGUAUAGACAAAAAAGAUGUCCCAGAAGAACAAGCAUUUAUGAGAAGAUGGCUUCAUGAGCGUUUUGAAAUUAAAGAUAAGUUGCUUAUAGAAUUUUAUGAUUCACUGGAUCCAGAAAGAAGAAACAAAUUUCCUGGGGAAAGUGUUAAUUCUAAAUUAAGUCUCAAGAAGACUUUACCAUCAUUAUUGAUCUUAAGUGGUUUGACUGCUGGUAUGCUUAUGACCGAGGCUGGAAGGAAACUCUAUGUGAGAACGUGGAUUUAUGGAACCUUAAUUGGCUGCUUGUGGGUUAGUAUAAAACCUUGAACAGGUAACUGUCUGCAGGCAGUGGGAUGUGCUCCGUGGGUCAGUGUUGGCAGCCACACCUUACGUCAAAUUGUUUCCUGAUUUUAAUAAGUGUAAAUAAAGCCUUGUUGAUUGAACAUUGGAUACAAUAGAAUUUCUGAUUAAAGCGAUAUGCAGUUGGUCUUGGGCAAAUAUACAUGGUUUUAUGACUUUAGAAUAGAAGCUGCUGGAAAGGGAAAAGCUAAACAGUUUAUGCUAUACUUGGCAUUUCCUAGGAACUAAUGUCGUCUUCAGAAGACUAUUAGGAUUGUAUAAUUUGUUAUUGUUUUGUAAUUCAGAUAGCUGCAUUCGUGAACAUUAAUUUUCAGUGUAUUUCACUGUGUUUGUUAUUUUUAAUUUCUUACAACUUGACUAGUCCAACCUUUAUCACUAAAGUAUUUAGUAUCUUGGAGCUAUGUAAUAUUUUGCUUUUUGCUUAAUUUGUCCUUGGGAAAGAAAUUGUAUUUAAGUAUCAAGAGGGAUACAAGGAAAAGGUCAAGAAACUGUGCAGAGGAAGCUCUGGUUAGCGCAUGCUUUUAGUGUAUUGCAUUAUUAGCUGAUUUUACUUUAUGUUUGCAAAGUAAUUAACAUUUCUAAUAUUUAUUGAAACAGCUUAAUUUGCACACCCUGUAUUGUAUACAAAAGAAUAAUGUAUAAAAUACGAGAAUUAAGUUUAAGUUAGAAUUGUGACCCUGACUCAUUAUAGCAGAACUUUACAUCACCCGGCUUUUUGAAGAGUUACGCUGAGCUCUUCGAACCUCCCAACAUCUGUGCCAUAACUACUUGAAAACCUUCAGAUUUCCUGUUAUUUUUUUAUAUCAAAAUAAUCAGUGUGAACCUUUGUCAGACCUGAGUCCACAGAUAUUUGAUGGGAGCCUUCAGACGUCUGACUAGAUUUACUAGCCUGUGCCUUUGCCUGUUACUCUUGAGUUUAGCACAUUUAAUUCAGAAGUCAUUUUUUUCUAUGUCAUCACUGUCGAUUUCCGCCGUGUUUGGAUUCUUUUCCCUUGGACGACUGGCCGUCAGCGUGCUGUCGGUGCCUGGCACGGCACACGCAUAGGGAAGAAGGGUGUAGCCAGCCAGCGUGUGUCCUGCUGCAGAGCUGCUCGUUUGAGCUCUUGCGAGCCGGCCUCGCUGGCUGCAGCAAAGGCCUUUUGCAUUGGUCCCAUGUCAAGAUAUUCGCCUUCCACAGGCCAGGGAGGUUUAAUCCGUCAGGCCUGAAUGAGUUUGUUUAGUUCUCACUAGUUUUAAUUGGGCUGCACCGUUAAUCCAUAUCACCUCAAAACAAGAGCUGUGUUUCGGGAACCAAAUCAUACAAUUCAGUUUUCAGUCAUGAAAUGAUAAAUCUGUCCUAUGCAAGAGGACAAUCUUUUUGGAUCUGCUCUAUUUUUAUGUUACAACGUAAACUUGAUUGCCUACCAGUCCCUUAAGAUAACAUUUCUGCCUAAUGGAUUUUUGUUGUGAAAUUGUAUCCGUGCCCCAGAUGAAACACACCAGGUGAAUCAUGAUGAACAAAAUGAAAAUCGUAAAGAAGGGAACUUUUGUGUGACCGGUUCUCCAGACCCACAGGGCAGGCCGUGUGGGACAGACCUUUGCACAGCUGGGCAGUGUGAGUUGUCCAUGCACGGUAGUGUGCGUCUGUGCACACACGGCCCACAGGACGCGGUAGGCCCAGUUACGCAUGGCGGUAUAGGUAACACUUCUGAAAAUGUUCUCAUCAUGCCAAAUUGUCAUUUUCUCAUACUUGUAAAGUGAAAUUUAAAUCAAUCUCAUGUCUUUGUUAAUACUUUUUUUUAACAAUCCUAAAGUUAGAACCUGUUUCUGAUUAGAUCAAAGUAAAUGUAAGUUGUACGACUUCUCUGACUAUCAUGGAUAUGCUCUAAAUUUUAAGAGGUAGUACCACUGGAAUUCUGUUGAGUGUAACUGAUUUUAAGAAGUCACAGUGAACUGCAGAAGAUCACUUUGAACAUCAUGUUUCUUACGAACAUACUUAUAUUCUCACAGAAGUUCUAGAAAAUAUAUUUGUUAGUUUAAAAAUUUUAUAUCAAAAUAUUUGGAAAAUUAGAAGCUUCUUUUUAACAUGUGUUGAUAUGACUUGAAGAGCCCUGUAUCUACCUGUAAACCUUUUCACAUAUCAUUUAAGCCUUUGUUUGUGUUAUUCUUACUGUUGAUUUGCAGCUUAGUUAUUACUUAGUUUUUCUUUGUAGAAUGCCAUCAAUGUGCAUGCUUUUAUGUUUUCCAGAAAAGGGUGUGUUUGGAUGGAAGUAAAAGAAAAAAUAAAAUCUUUCACCGUC